CCACAGCAAGCCCCACAGCUACCCAGCUACCCCACCCCACCGCCACCAUGGGAGUGCAGCCUCAGCUCAACCUGCCGCACGUGCAGGAGCAGGUGACCAAGCCGCGCCAGGGCUCGCCCGUCGGCAAGCACGUCUCGCGCUGGCACCGCCACCACGAGCAGCCCGUGGCCGUCGUGGAGCUGCCGGCCGAGGCCCAGCAGCUCAAGGAGAAGAUCCUGCGCACCAACAAGGUCAAGCUCACGCGCUUCAGCCUGAGCCACAUGCGCAAGCGCGUGGUGCCGCCCGUCGAGAUCCCGCGCGAGAUGAACAGCCAGCGCGCGCUGUGCACGACCGUCGCCGGUCGCAGCGUGCCGCUUACGCGCUGCAUGUGGGACAACACCAAGCGCAAGACGCACCACAUGGAGCAGAUCUCCGAGUCCUACCCGCUGCACUGCACGCUCUUCCGGUGAGACUCGCGGCAGUCCGCGAGCUGCCUAACCAGCAACACAAGCAAGCAAGCAGCAACACAUCCACAGAGCGACACAGCCUAUAGACUAGCAACCCCCCACGGCAGCGGUUCCGCCGCCGGCCGUAUAUACAAUAUUUAACCACAAUACC